AUGAAGCUCUUCCGAGGCAAUCGCGUUACAAAGUGUUCAUGUGAUGAAUUUGACGCAUUCUUCUCUCCCAACUAUCCUCCUUUGGCCGAGCUUGGUAUAGACAUCGUACUUUAUUUGAAUCGUAUUUUCUGGCCUUGUAACAUCAACCAGGGGUUUCGUGCACAUACAAAGCUCUGCCGCAAUGUUGUGGUGCUCCGUCUCUUCCCUUCUAUCACCACAAAUGCUGUUAGAGCCUUUUUACAGCCGCCAGUUCAGGGUAAGAAAAUGCAUCCUUUGCUUUCCUUAUUUGGCUAA